GGGACGAAGUCGGGGGGGGAUCCGGUCGCCGCCGCUGCCGCCAGAGGGAACGGGAGCUGCGGGCCGGGCCGCGGCUCUGCGGGGCCUCCGAUCGCCCAGCGCCGCCCCGAGCAGCCCCGAGCCCGCAGCCCCGAGCGGCUGCGCCCCAGCUCCAUGAAUGGAAAUCGGCAGCGCAGGACCUGUCGGGGCGCAGCCCCUGCUCAUGGUGCCCAGACGUCCUGGCUAUGGCACCAUGGGCAAACCCAUUAAACUGCUGGCCAACUGCUUCCAAGUUGAAAUCCCAAAGAUUGAUGUCUACCUCUAUGAGGUGGAUAUCAAACCAGAUAAGUGUCCUCGGAGGGUGAACAGGGAGGUGGUGGAUUCCAUGGUGCAGCAUUUUAAAGUGACAAUAUUUGGGGACCGCAGACCAGUUUAUGAUGGGAAAAGAAGCCUCUACACAGCCAAUCCGCUUCCUGUAGCCACUACUGGGGUGGAUUUGGAUGUGACGUUACCAGGAGAAGGUGGAAAAGAUCGUCCCUUCAAAGUGUCAAUAAAGUUUGUUUCUCGGGUGAGCUGGCACUUGCUGCAUGAAGUUUUGACAGGAAGAACCUUGCCUGAGCCUCUGGAACUAGACAAACCUAUCAGCACUAACCCUGUUCACGCUGUCGAUGUGGUGCUCCGACACCUCCCCUCCAUGAAGUACACCCCGGUGGGCCGCUCCUUUUUCUCAGCUCCAGAAGGCUAUGAUCACCCCUUGGGAGGAGGGCGGGAGGUCUGGUUUGGAUUCCAUCAGUCUGUGCGGCCUGCCAUGUGGAAGAUGAUGCUCAAUAUUGAUGUUUCUGCCACUGCCUUCUACAAAGCACAACCUGUAAUCCAGUUUAUGUGUGAAGUUCUUGACAUUCAUAACAUUGAUGAACAACCAAGACCUCUGACUGAUUCUCAUCGGGUAAAAUUCACCAAAGAGAUAAAGGGUCUGAAGGUAGAAGUGACUCACUGUGGGACAAUGAGAAGGAAGUACCGUGUGUGUAAUGUAACGAGAAGGCCUGCAAGUCAUCAAACCUUUCCUUUACAGUUAGAAAAUGGCCAGACUGUGGAGAGAACGGUAGCACAGUAUUUCAGAGAGAAAUACAACCUCCAGCUGAAAUACCCUCAUCUUCCUUGCCUACAAGUGGGACAGGAACAGAAACACACCUACCUGCCUUUAGAAGUCUGUAACAUCGUGGCCGGCCAGCGGUGCAUCAAGAAGCUAACGGACAAUCAGACAUCAACCAUGAUAAAGGCCACAGCGAGAUCUGCUCCAGAUAGGCAAGAGGAAAUCAGCAGAUUGGUGAGAAGUGCAAAUUAUGAUGCAGAUCCAUUCGUUCAAGAGUUCCAGUUCAAAGUCCGGGAUGAGAUGGCCCACGUGACGGGGCGCGUGCUCCCUGCUCCCAUGUUGCAGUAUGGAGGACGGAAUCGAACAGUGGCAACCCCAAGCCAUGGAGUGUGGGACAUGAGAGGGAAACAGUUUCACACUGGUGUUGAGAUCAAGAUGUGGGCGAUAGCUUGCUUUGCAACGCAGAGACAGUGCAGAGAAGAGAUACUGAAGGGUUUUACAGACCAGCUGCGCAAGAUCUCCAAGGACGCAGGGAUGCCGAUCCAAGGCCAGCCCUGCUUCUGCAAAUACGCCCAGGGUGCAGACAGCGUGGAACCCAUGUUUCGACACCUCAAGAACACCUAUUCAGGGCUUCAGCUCAUUAUUGUCAUCCUGCCAGGGAAAACACCGGUGUACGCGGAGGUGAAGCGUGUGGGAGAUACGCUGUUGGGAAUGGCCACACAGUGUGUUCAAGUCAAGAACGUCAUUAAAACAUCUCCACAGACACUAUCAAAUCUGUGCCUGAAGAUUAAUGUUAAACUAGGAGGAAUCAACAACAUCCUUGUACCUCAUCAACGACCUUCUGUGUUCCAGCAGCCAGUGAUCUUUUUGGGAGCCGAUGUCACUCACCCUCCCGCUGGAGAUGGAAAGAAGCCUUCCAUAGCUGCUGUUGUAGGUAGUAUGGAUGCUCAUCCAAGCCGGUACUGUGCCACAGUGAGAGUUCAACGACCCCGGCAGGAAAUCAUCCAAGAUCUCGCCUCCAUGGUGAGAGAGCUUCUCAUCCAGUUCUACAAGUCAACGCGGUUUAAGCCCACGCGUAUCAUCUUCUACAGGGAUGGGGUCUCUGAAGGACAGUUUCGCCAGGUUUUGUACUAUGAACUGCUAGCCAUUCGAGAAGCCUGCAUCAGUUUGGAGAAGGAUUACCAGCCUGGAAUAACCUAUAUCGUGGUGCAGAAGCGACAUCAUACACGAUUGUUCUGUGCUGACAGAACAGAAAGGGUUGGACGAAGUGGAAAUAUUCCAGCUGGAACAACUGUAGAUACAGACAUUACACAUCCAUACGAGUUUGAUUUUUACCUCUGUAGCCAUGCUGGAAUACAGGGUACCAGCCGUCCCUCACACUAUCAUGUUUUGUGGGAUGAUAACUGUUUUACUGCAGAUGAACUUCAGCUGCUGACUUACCAGCUCUGCCACACGUAUGUGCGCUGUACACGAUCGGUUUCUAUACCUGCACCAGCGUAUUAUGCUCACCUGGUAGCAUUCAGAGCACGAUACCAUCUUGUGGACAAAGAACACGACAGUGCUGAAGGAAGCCAUGUUUCAGGACAGAGCAACGGGAGAGAUCCACAGGCCCUCGCGAAGGCUGUACAGAUUCACCAAGACACCUUACGCACGAUGUACUUCGCUUAAGUCAAUAAAACGGGAGCAUCCUCACUAAAAAGAAGAACUGAAACCUUAAGCCACAUACAAUGUAUGUUUCCAGCGGGGUUGGUUUAUGGGGUGUGCCUCCGAUCGUGCUGGAGUUGACACUGUGCAGGGGCGAGAGGCGAACCCUUAAAUUGACACCAGGAAGAUUGUUUACUUCAUCGAGGAACACAGCACUAUUAUGCAAUAUGAAACCAGCCACACGGGCUCCUGUAGGAAGCACCGCCAUCAUUUUUUUUUUAUUAUUAUUUCUCGUAGUUUAACCCUCUUAUGCCUUUACCUCAAGUUGCUCGGCAGCACAAGUAUCUUUGCGAAAAAAAAAAGUUAAGAAUCGAUGGUGUAAUUUAAAAUAACAAACAAACACCUUUCUAGGAGCAAUCAGUGAUUGUUUGGGGAGGGAAGUGUGCAAAAAGAUAAAUUGUUUUUAACGCCACUGCAUUGAGGAGCCUUUCUCUCAAUGUUGCCAUCAAGCAUUCGAAUGUGAACAUAUCAAAGUGCAUUUGAAUGUACAGCGCUAGCUAGAAACAAAAGGAGGGGGCGAAGGUGUUUUGCACACUAAUCCGAUAAUUUGAACAUAAUUUAGCCAACUGCUGCCUUUGUGUCCUUCACGGCUUCGGAGUUCUGGGCUCCAAUAGUUCCCUUUCAACAAGCAACCGGAGAAGCUAGUGGUGUUGUGUGCAGGCAGUAGGGAUCCAAACUCUCGCUCCCUGGUGAAUUUACUAAAGCUGCUGUUUUUACCUAGUCCAAAAGUUUCAAUUUAUUCAAUCUGGCAAGUGAAAUACGGUGAAGCUUCACGUGGAUCCGAUGUCCCACGUGUUACGGGAUCACAUCUAGCAAACACCAGAACUGAAACUUUAGAGCUAAGGUCUUUUUGGAAUCAAAGAAAAAUGCUAGUUUACUUGCUGCCUCUCACACCUUAAUGUGAUUUCAUAUGUAUGUGUUUUUGAAGUUUAGCUUCCUUUUGUUUCUUUUAUAUUUAUUAGAGUAAUAAUAAUGCUUUAAUUUAAUUAUUUCAGAACAUAUGGUCAACAUCAACUUUUAUUUUUUAGAAUUGUAACCAUGUUUAUUUUUAAAAAGAACUGACAACUUGUUUUUGCUAUCUUUUAGUGCAAUAAGCGUUCUAAAGGAAAACCGUGUCCAUUGAGCUGUACCCAAGCAGUGUUUGUACCACUAACUGUGGAAGAAUGGACACCUCUGUGACUUUAAAAGGACAAAGUCAAAGCCUUAAUUUUGAAAGGAAAGUUUUAUAGUCAGAAGGAAUCUUGAAUUUUCCUUUUUUAAAUCAAAAAAAAAAAUAGCAAAAACGCUUCUAGAAUUCCGCAAGCUUUCCUUGUCACUGCAGCGUUUUGAUUUAACAAAGGAAUCGGCCGAAUUUUUGGCUUUGGAAUGUGGAGGAUAUUUGAAUUAAAUGGAAAGGGUUUUUUAUUAAGAUCUAAGUUUUUACAUGCUUAAGUAAAUCUAUUUGACAUCAGUAAAGCGUCUGGAAUUAAUACAAGUUUUUAGGCUUUUUUCGUCUUUGAUAAUGACUUUCCUUUUAAAAUUAAGUUGUUGGUAACUUCAUUUCACUUUGCAAAUAAAGAGGGCUGGGAUAGUUCGAACACGUUAAAUCACUGAAAUGUGAAACAGAUCGACGGGACUUUUUCAUUCCACUUUAAAGGUAAAACAAUAUUUAAGAUGUCAGAGACGAGCAUUUAUUCAAUGAGGGGACUGGGGAGUUUUGCACUUUGUAAACUCGUGAACUGCAUUUUUGACUGUUUUUAUUUGCACUGGUUCAUAAUAUAUUUUACUGCAGAUCGUUUGUAUGGGCAUUGCUGUUAUCCCAGCCCUUCGGAACUCCGCCUGCUCUCCACAUGAAAACCAGUGGGUUGGUGUACGUAGCCAUUCAUUCUCAUGAAAUCCGCUGUUUGCCAAGAUACUGUAUUUUGAGCCUAAAAUCUGAGCCCGUUUCGCUUCGACAGGCAUGAAGCUCCCCCGGUUGUUUCUGCCACAACACACAGUACUGUAUUUUGUGCGUUUUUGUCGUAGGGACGCAUCCAUAACGCUGUUCACAACCGUGUCGCAAAGAGCUUUACUGGAAGGUCAGUGUAUGUACAUAUUUUGUUUCCCAGUGGCAAGGAGGAUAAUGUAUAAAGAUUAACUUUGCGGUUAAACUUGCACUGGAAAUAGUGAGGAGGUUGGGCAGUGCCUGGGGCCUCAGGGGUCCCGGAGAGGAGGAAGGCUCCUGGGAGCCUUCGGCAGCAGCAUCCGCAGCCCCGGGACUGCCCCAGCCGUGCUCUUGGACUCCCUAAACCCCUCACCUCUCACCUCUCGGCGCCUUCAACCAAACCUGCUGCAGGGAGGUCGGUGUCGCUAAAGAACCGGAGCUAGGUGGCUUCCCAAUGAGUCUCAGAUGUUUUCCUUGGUCCGUGCCCUGUCGGUUUUCUCUUGGAAGCGCUUUAGCCAAUACUCCUGUUUAUAAAACGUUCAGGUUAGGCUUUUUACAGAGAAUUGUUUUAAGAUAGAUUUUGAUUUCUGAUGUUUAGGGGGAAAAUUCCUUCUCAAAAAAUGUCUUUUAACGCUCCUUUCAAAGACACUGUACGCUUCUCAUCCUGCGAUGAUGAUUUGAGAAGCUUUUUUGCUCGCUACUUUCACCAAAAAUAAAGAAACUUGAUUGGGAAAGUGACUUAAAUCACCUGCCGAGCUGGCGUUCGACCUGGUUUUCAUGUGAAGAGUAUUUGGAAGUUUUAAUCUCUCUUCUUGGUUUUGCAAAUAUCUACGUAAAGUGCCGAUACUUCUUUGUAUUAUGAUAUCGAGUUACUGGCGUUGUGAGGGCCACACAUUUAUGAUGCUGUAGCUGCUAUAUUUAUUUAAAAGGAGAUGGACAAUUACUGCACUAAGGAACGAGGAGAAAAGCAAGGAAUCAAGGUUAGUUAGAUAUCUUGGGUUUGUUUUUUUUUUUUUCAAAAGAGACUUAAUGGUGUGAAAUAUCAAGUGUAACAAAGGGUGCUGUCAUUUUAACUGAGAUUAAAUAGCCAGAUAUUCUUCCUUUUGUUUAAAAACAUAUAUAUUUUGAUGUUUGCAGUUUGGGGGUGGGGGGUCGGGAUAAAUGGUACCUCAUCUGUGGUGGCAGUUUCCAGUAUAUUUUCAGAGUAUAUGGAUUUCUUUUAUUUUUGUACCUGCUCUCCUUUAAAAAGACAAAAAAGAAAAAAAAAAAAACACAAAAAAAAAAAAAAGAAAAGGCAAAUUUUAUUUUGCUGUUUGGGGGAAAUCUCGAGUUCCAGCUCACCCUUGUGCUGGGAGCUGUCUGGGUACGGCCCCAAGAGGGACCUGGCGAAGGCUGACUUUGCAGAUCCUGGCCUCGUUUUUAAGCCUAUCUAGAAAAAUGGUUCCUGUCUCCUAAAACACCGAUGGGUUUGACCGCGCCGAGACCUCACUUGUAUGUAACAAGUGCCACUAAUCGCUCCCGUGGUGGGAGCACGCACAAGGGCGGCAGCGCUGGGCUGGGGAAGGAGCAGCCUCGGGGCAUCGCCCGUGCAGACCAGGGGCCGGCUACACUGCUUUGCCGAACUGAGCAGAGAGCCUUGCCGGAACCUGUGAUCCGGUGACUUGGUAGGUCCAGCUUUGGAGAGAAGUCAAGCGUUCUGUAGUUGAGGUGUUAAAUUUGCACCAUCAGGGUGACUGACUCCACCGUAAGUUGUUUUUUUUCCCCGUUGUGAGGCGCUGUAGCUGUGGCCGUGUGACUCGGGAUCGCUGGUCAGCGUAGUAUUUGGUUUAAAGUGUCCAAAAGUGUUUUCUUGUAGGGUUCAUCCUGGUGUCCUUUGGGAAGUUUGGCCAUAGAAACUGUUUUCAGGAGUGAAAUGGGUUUCUGGAAGCUGUCAGUCAAGUUGUUUUAAGAUGCUAUCGGUCCUAAAUAAUUUUCACUUCAUUUUUGCCCUAUAAAAUGCUCGAGAUAAGAUACCAGACAAGCAUCUUCUGUACUAAUUCCAGCCAGAAAUACUGGUUUUCUACUAGUCUUGAAGUCCACUCUGGUGAAAUUCUAAGCUCAGCCUACACGUGAUAAAGCUUGAGGCUGUUUUUUUACACUUUCUUCAUAUCUUGUCCUCUUUUGAUACGUUCCCAGCAUUGUGAACUGAGGGUUAAACCUUACUCAAAGCACUUUUAUAACCAAGGAAUCAAAAACUCAGAUUGUGUAUGUUUGAAGGCGUACGUUCAGUUUGCAAAGAGUAUUUCCAAAUGACACUCUUCAUCUCUGAUCUGGCCGGGCAGGUGCUCUGUCCCGUUUGGCGCUGUGGAGUUUCAUGGUUGCUGUUGGCAGGUUAAUUGGAUCCAGUGGAAAAAAAACCCAUAGGGAUGUCAAAGGGAAAGAUUCCUGUCGUCGUUUUUUACCCAAAGAUGGUACUUGAGAUCAAUAUGGAGUGUUAGGAUAUCAUUUUUGUUUCGGCACAUGUUUAGAUCAAUUUUCACGUAGCCAAUUCUCUGGUUUUUUGUAAAGGUGAAAAAACAGUGGUUAGAGCUCAAGCCGAAGGGUGCUUCCUUCUGGUAGAAGAUUCUGUACUUUGGGUAGUUGAGGAAUGUCCGAGAUGGGUACGGGAUCCUACGUUUUACCUCCCGAGCAGAGUCUCAAGAAUCCUGGUCCCUUUAACACUAAAACAAAACCAAAUUGUUGUCCCUGAGUAGGCAAAGGUGCAAAUCGCAGAGUUGUUGAGGUUGGAAAAGAUCUUUAAGAUCAUCAAGUCCAACCGUAAACUUAUGGAGGGGAAGGAAUUGUAAGGGAGAGGCUUGUGAGGGAAAAUACUGAAGCAUCGGAUGUACAGACACAAGGGUGUUGGUGGAGAGACGUCAUCCCCAUGCCCUGGCCUUUUCAAACCUUGUCCGAGGUUCCUCUUGCCGAACACGGGUCGUUAAUAUAGGGUCCUUUUCAGACAAAGCAGUUCUGCUGUGUAAAACCUGGAGUGACUUUUCUUUUCUUUUUUUUUUUUUUUAAGCGAGACAGUCCUCAGAAAGUGCCUUUUUAGGAGAUGGUGCUGUAGAUUUUUAUUUUCCAGUUGUCGUGGCUGAAAAUUUAAGAUAAAUUAUUGAAAAUGCCAAGUGUUUGACAGUAUCUUUUAGGUACUUUCAAGCAUCAGCUUCUCUGAGUCAGGACCAAGAAUAACCAGGAAAGUGUUUUCCUUUGGAGGGAGAGGCAGUGAGGAGUGAUCACCAAAUUCCACUGGUGGGCUAGAAUCCGUUUUGAUGUAGUCAAUGCAAUUCACCUCUUCACAUUGAGGGGGUUUGGGAGGCGGUGGAGGAGAAGCAACAGCGUGCGACUCUUGGGGUGAUGAAAUUAGUGCUGGAAGGGAAUUCAGAGCUCCUGAAGGAUGUCGUCUCAUGGAUGUAGCAAGCUCCCAGAGACGAAGUAGACAAACAGAACUGUCUGAAGAGCUAGGAGAUGGUCUUCUGUGAGCAGACCUUGCGUGGUUUGUGUGUUUGAAGGAGCGAUGUGUGUGGAAUCAGCAGGACUUCUAAUUCCUCGCUGGGAGUUUGGCUGUUUGGGGUGGGUAACUCUGCCCUGUUCAGACUGUUGGAGAGGGUCCGUUGUGAGUUUGGUGAGCAUUCCUCCGGUCAGGAAAAAGCUAUAGACUAGACUAUUAAACACUGCACCUCAGUAACCUUGUAAUGCUGCAUAAAGUAAUAAUAAUAGCAAAGUUGUGCUUUGAUUACACUGUAAUGUGCUUGCACACGCCUGCAAAAAAUACACACUCAACUUUCAUUGUUGUAAUGGUCUUAAUAGCAGUUAUCGGACUUUUUCUUUUAUGAUGAACCUUGUCCUUUAUCGUGGUGUAUUCUCUAUAUUUAUUGGGAAUCUGUGUGCAGCUCAUAGGUCUGUGUCUGGUCUGUGUGUUGCUUUUAACACUUAUUUUUAAGCGGGAGAAGUGUCGGAAUGUUUUGUUUUCCUUCUCCCGAGUCAGCUCAACUGGUCGUGUUUGAGAGCAGAUCGAGUAAACCACCUUGAUAGACAGACUACUACGAUUGGUACCUUGUUUCUUUAAGUUUAAAAUGACUUUGUGUUCAUUUUCUUACUGUUCAUACAGUAUCGGGCAUUUCAGAUGUAGAAUAACUUGAUGUCAGUCUGGAUGGUUUUGAAUAUCAGGAGCUUAAGCGCGAAACUCUUCGCUUUAAUCGCAAGCGUAAUCAUGGCAGGAAUACGUUUGUGACCAGCCUUUUUCUAGGAGGAAGCAAAGCUUUUCAACAGCAAUUGAUGUGGCUGCGAUCGAUGAAAUAUGCCGGGUGUGCAGCCCCGGAGUGGGGCAGAGACCCUGGUUUGGAGUUGCCUCCGCCUCCUUGGACAGACGCUGUCGGAUUAAUGCACAAUGCAGCACUCCCGCUCGUGCUACUAUGAAUCAGGAGUCUUUUGCUGUGUAGAUCUUCAAGUUAGGGAAAUGAACUGAUGUUUCUUGUAGUUUGUUACUGGCUUUUUUUGUCUUAUUACAGUGCCCGAUGCCACUUUGUUGGUAUUUAAGCUUGCAAUGACAUUAAAUUAUUUUAUAGUCUCAGUUUUUAAUGUUGUUAGGCUAGGAUUUAGGAAGCAUUUUUCCAGUCUAAAUUCUGAGCCAAAACUGUGUCUUUUCUCCCUUCUAGUUGUAGGUGUUUUUAUCUUUUAGACUAAAAAGGGCCAAAAAAAUCUUGCGCCAUCAGCUUGUUUGCAGCAAUACUCUCCACCUCGUCCUUUGCCCAUCAGCCGGUUUCUUUUCUAUCUACACUUGGCGAAUACUGAAGCUGUUGAGAUUUAGAAGGAAGUCGCUGCCCUCCUCUUUCUGUAGGAACAAAUGCAGUGGGCUCCAAUCUGGCGGUGCUGGUUUCUGUCGGGCACAGAUCUCUUCCUUGGAAGUCUUGCCUUGGUGAUGAUGAACCGUUAAUAUGGUUUAAUUAGAGCAGAAAUGUUUGGUAUGUUUCUGUUGCAUUCAUUGGAGGGUGUGUGAUGUUUUGAAGUACCCGAUUUAAAUACAAGCUAAUAAACUGCUGAGGGUGUAGAUGCUAUUAAAAUACUUUCAAAAAACCAAACAACAAACCAAACCAAAAAAACCCAACAGCCUGGUGCACAGGCGUAGUCUGAGACUGAGGAUUUGCUGUAAUUGAUGCUGGGAUUAAUCCUAAACCUGAGCUCUCUCAGCAGUGUGUUUUAUGAGAAGUGGAAGUGGGGACUGUGCUAUUGAACCAGUCAUGGAAAGCUCUAAAAAACGCCAGGAGGAAAUUUGUCUUUGUAUUGGUGUUAGGAAGAAAUUCUUCAUGCUGAGAGUGGUGAGGCCCUGGCCCAGGUUGCCCAGAGCAGUGGUGGUGCCCCAUCCCUGGAGGGGUUCCAGGCCAGGUUAGAUGGGGCUUGGAGCCCCUGAGCCAGUGGGAGGUGUCCCUGCCCAUGGCAUAGGGUGGAAUCGGAUGGGCUUUGAGGUCCCUUCCAAUCCAAACCAUUCUAUGAUUAUGAUAUUGAAACAGCUGAAUAUACUGAUAAACCUCUCAUGCUGCUAAAGCCGUGUGAACCUGUAUCUCUGCAUCCACCGUUUACCCGAAAAGACCCCGCAUGACUACUUACAAAAAUUAAUACAUGAGGGGGAAAGUCUUUUCCUUUAUUUUUUGAGUGCCUCUUCGGCUCCUCAGAGGACUGUGCCGAGGAGCAGUGACAGUGCCUGUAAUGGCUCGAUAGGCAAACCACACGCUGUCUUUUGUAUCUAAACCUUGAAGCUACCUGACUCGGUUCAACACAGAUAAAAGUUCCAGUAGAUCGGUGCUAUUUGAAACAACAGAGCCGAGGGGAUUUGUGAGCAAUAUCUGACCCAUCUAUAACGCAGAGACGCUCCAAUAGAUUUCUGGUUGCAAUUUUCAUGCAGUUGAUGCUGAAGCGUGCCUGGCUACCAAAAAAAAAAACAGGAGCAAGCAGCUGGAAUGUUAAUUCUGCUGUAGCACUACAGCUGCUCUGCUCUUCCUCAGCUCUUGCCUACCUCCUUGUUCCCUUACGCAGGAUCCCUCUCCCUCCGCUGCCUGCAUGGAAUUCGCCACGUUUAGGACGCUGUAGCUGUGGGGAAGGUGGAUCAGUUCUGGAUUUGAGGGGAGUGGUAGUGGGAUGGUGAUGAAAGCAACCGCCGGUGGAAAUAAAGGACUCGGUAGGAGUUGAGUGGAUGUCAGGUGAGCUGUGGUCAGCUCAAGCCCUUCAGGGAAUGUCAAACACGAGCUGAGGUGUCCUGAGCUGUUUGCGUUGGACUCGUUGAGAGCAAGCAUGUGCCUUUUUCUGAUCAAGAAGAAAAGCUGGAAAAACUUGGGUUUGCAUUGGUAAUAUGGUUAGUGUUUUUCCUUGAACUGUUUUUACAGCUUGAAGUCCUUGGUCAGAAUGGAGUUGGUUUUGCGUUGAAUUACUUAAUCAAAGUGAGCCCUGAAUUAUUUGUGAAUUAGAACUACCCCGAGAGGAGAAGCCUUUAAAUUAAGUGGUUUCUGAAGAGUAAUGUCAUCAAAUAAACACUUCCUGGUAGACUUGCAAUUUUUUUAAAUAAAAUUUAACCUUGAUAUAUUUCUCUAUCUAAUGAGAAUCGUUAAUUCUGCCUUUAUUUGAAUGUUGCCUGUCCAGUAGUGUCUUUGCUCUUUACUGUGCUCCUGCAGCCUCCGAUACACUCCAUUGCUUCUUCCCCCGGUUUGGUGGCUGUCAGGACAAGGAGAAUGAUGUCCGGUAAAUGUUGGGGAGCAGUGCAAGGGUCUGGUUAAGUGACAGCAAGGAAAGGAGGAUGAAACAUCACAGUUCUUCAAGAACCAGUUUGCCAGCACCUAAAGGCAGUGAUACCUGCCUGCAAAAUCAUGUGGUCUCGGGUGUGGAUUAAAAGGGGAGCAAAGAUGCCCCCUCCUCUGACGCUGAGGGACGAGGGAAGGCUGUUGUUGACUAUGUGCUGCACAAAAGUAGGUGCCCAUGCCCUUAGAUACUGGUUUGGGCUCAAAGCUGCUGAAAAAAAGUGGCUUUUCAGACCAAAAUGGAAAAGCUUUGCAAAUAGGUUGUAUUUUAUAUGCAGUUUUGAGAUACUGCUGAGUUAUCCAACCCGGAGCUGUGGUGGCACCGCUUGCUCCGGAAUGGGUUCUUUCUCUGGUCUGGGAUAAAAGAUUCUGCCUCAUUCUUCACCCUAACUUGGAAAUGUUGAUGACGACUCGUGUCGUCUUAGGUGUUCUGAGGGUGAAUCGUGUUGUGGAAGUGCUAAAUUCUUGAUACAAACCUGUGCACCUUCUUGCAAGUUUGCAUCUGCAGUUCAUGGUUUGGAGUCCGUCUCCGGUGUGAGCCUGCGCCCUUCUCUUGCAUCUCCUCGUAGCUCUGCUUGAGGAAGGCCAUCGGCACUGCUCCCGUGAUGUUUACCUCUUGCUUUCUUUUAAGGUAAUCCAUUUAUUGCAAAGCAGACUGUCAGAGGGCAAGUUUAUUUAAAUGAAAGGGUUUUUUCAUUGCUGAGAAUAAUACAGGUCUUUGUAACACGUUUGGCAGUGGAAAAUUAAUACCUACUGUAAUACUGUCUGGUAGUACAGGAAACUAUGACUAUGUUGAGUUUAGGGCUAUGCAGGCCCAUAAAUCGCAGGUCCACAACCCAUUUAAGUACAGAAAAUUAAUCAUUAAAAGUUACUAAUAAACUUUUAUUAUGCUUACACUAUAAAUCUCUUGAAUAUAUUCAAACCCAGUUUCUUAGAUGGCAAAUCCAUGUGUCGCUGGUCUGUGCUCACCCAGACACGAUAGUGAAGUGACGCCCGCAAUGCUCAAUCUAAAGAACUUUUUGAAGUUUGUGAACAUUUUGGUGUGCCAGUGAGGUGGAAACUUGAUGAGUGCUCUUGAACUGGCAGGGAAAACGCCUUGUGAAGGAUUUCUUCCUGAAGUCUAAGAAAUGAUGAGGGUGGGGAAGCCCUGGCCCAGGUUGCCCAGAGCAGUGGUGGCUGCCCCAUCCCUGGAGGGGUUCCAGGCCGGGUUGGAUGGGGCUUGGAGCCCCUGAUCCAGUGGGAGGUGUCCCUGCCCAUGGCAGGGGUGGAACUGGAUGGGUUUUGAGGUCUCUUCAAACCCAAACCAUUCCAUGAUUCUAUGAACUUGGAUGCCAAAAACCUUCAGUAAGAGGAAGACUGCGAUGGAUUACGUUUGUUGGCAGUGAAGAACAGCUUCUUUUGGUACUGGGUUUUGUCCAUCACACUCCUUCUGUGGUCUUUAGUUUUCUUUGGACUUGGAUUUCUGUUCUUCAGUGAAAUAAAUGUUCUCAUUUCUGCAGUUUCCAGUGUUGAACUUAGCCUGGAGACAGUGCUGUUUGCCUGUAGAGAACCCUGCUUCUAGGGAGCUGCAUUUUGCGUCUGUUUUGCAGGCGGUUUUGUAAAGCCCUCCUCAGCUCAGCAAUAGAGUUGGCAGAAGGAGAUUUUGGUCUGAAAUGUUGUUUUUCCAGCCUCGUUGCCCACCCGCUACGACACCGAGGUGCAGAGCUCUGUUUCGCAGGCUGGUGCCACGCUUUGGAUUCACAAGGUACAGAUCCUCCUGGCUGUCAUAGUCUGGUUUCUUCCCUUGGUGUAAGCAGUUCAGCUUCCUGAGGUUGCCUCUUGGUGGAUAAAUAGUGUUGUUUCUUGUCGUGGGGAAAAACUGGGCUGUUUCCGUGGCGUCUGAUCCUCACUAAGAACAUUGCCUGUCGGCAGGUAUUAGGGGAAAGCUUUCCUGGUGAUUGGUAGCAUUCGGUUAUGAGCCAAUAUGGGUAUUAAUGACUUCAGAAGGCAGCUCUGGUGGCGCGGGGUGUGCCAUAAACACUGCUAGCGAUCAAGCUCUAUUUGUGUAGGAGCCUGCUGGAAGCGUUGUCGUGCAUAUGAACUUUGCGUAUUUAAUACUGUAUGUUUAAAUUGAAAACAAAGCAACCAAUAUUGUGCUGUUUGGGAUUCCUUUUCGGAACAGAAUUCUAAUAAAGCAGUCCGGUGGACGGAGAUUCCCUUCGGAGCGUGCGUCUUGUUCUUUCUCACAUGCUGGUAACUGCUCACCUCUUGUUUUGGUGUUCUCUUUGCUUAAGCAGGAGCUGGAAUGUGUUCCUACCAGUAAGGUACCUGGGGGGGUUUCAAAGCAAAAGGGAACUGUUCUGAGAACAGAGCUGUGACUUGAGCCGUUGCACAAACAGAUUGUAGACGGAUGGCAAAAGACCUGGUAAAAAGCCUUUAUUUUUACUUACCCAUCUUGACCGCGUGUGCCUCUUUGUAUUGCGGACGUGGGCUGCGGCCGUGGGGGUGGGAGGGAAGCCCCGUGCCGGUGUGUUUGGAGAUGUCCUUGCUAAGCAGAAGCCGUGUCCUCUGCCCGUUCUCCCUUUCCAGACCAAUUGUUCUUGCCAAAAUUUUCUACCUGUUGCAAAGAGUUGCUUUCUUUCCAGCACAGUAAAAUGUCAACUUCUUUCACUGUUCCUUCCCUCUCGUAGGCAUCUGUAACCUCUGUACGAUUGUGCAUAGUACACACCACAGUCCUUGGAUCUCUGCUGGCUUUAGAUACCAUCAAGUUGGGUGUUGUAAAUGAACCGUAUUCAUUUGACAAAUAAAAUCUUUUUUGA